CGUGUACACUCGAUGUAAAUAAUGCCACUUGGCACAGGUAGGCCUACGGUUAUAGGAACAUUUUAUAAACCACGUAUACAUUAGUAAUUACAUGCUUAGUCCAGUCGUCGGUGUUGCAGCUCAGACUAUUGCCGAUAUGAAUGGGGCUCAUAUGGAAGUGUUCCCUGUCGAAGAUGGCUUAUUUGAGGAAACUUUCAUUUCGGAUUCUGUUUACAAAUUCUGUGGCGAGGAGUUUAAAAUCACUCAGGCGUUCAGCGCUAACCUGGGGGUGGCUGCGCCAGUGUGGGACGCUGCUCUCCACUUAUGUCGUUUCUUUGAAGCCAAUGAAGUUCCAUUGAAGGGAAAGAAGAUCAUCGAGUUAGGAGCUGGAACUGGGAUUGUGGGGAUCUUGGCUGCACGGUUGGGAGCUGAUGUAACCAUCACAGAUUUGCCGCUUGCUGUACCACAACUCAAGAUCAAUGUAUCCAACAACACACCUCCAGGGGGCUGGCCCUCCGGCGAGCCCACCGUUGCCCCUCUCUCCUGGGGUCAGGAUCAGGAGAACUUCCCCUCCGACUGGGACCUGGUGCUUGGUGCAGAUAUUGUCUACCUGGCUGACACUUAUCCACUUCUUGUAGAGACUCUCAGUCAUUUGUGCAAGCAUGGAGCGGUGGUGUACCUCUCGUCCAAGAUGCGCAGGGAACAUGGAGCUCCGCGUUUCUUUGAUUAUGACCUGCCUCAAAGGUUCAGUGUUGAGGUGGUGCAACGUGAUGCAGAGCAGAAUAUCAACAUUCACAGGGCAACUAUAAGGAAAGAUGUUUGAUUACAGGGUUCGAACGGGUCAUGGGAUUUCUGAAGAAUGCAGGGAAUUUUUUUUCAAUGGAAGUUAUUCCAAUUAGGGAGGAUCGUGGAAUUUUACACUAUUUUGCAUGCACAAUCAGGGAAUGUCAGGAAAUCUUGAUAACAGUGCACAGGGAGUGUAAUUUCAAAGCUGGCAGUGAAUCAUUAUUUCUUACAGUUUUCGUUGUAUUGUGUUGUUUUUGUUUUGUCUAAGACAUCUCAAGAAGCUUGCAUCAAUCAGGAAAACAUGCCUGGUCAAUGCAGGUUCCAAGACUGGAUAUUUCAAAGUGAUCACCACAGAGCUUUUUUUUACAUCAAUAUGUUGGGCAUGGCAUUACUAACCUGGUUCUCACGCAGAUGGUUGUUACCAACGAAGUUGGGUGAAAAUACACAAGGGUCUGCGUGAGAACCAUGCUAGGGCAUUACAGGUGGACAUGGACUUUCUCUUUUAUGGUCAGGGAAAGUCGUGGAAUUUCAUUUUGUUUCAUUUCAUUGAAGGACCCAGGAGUGAAGAGCGUGCCUUAAAAUUCAGUGGGUGUCUUAAAGAAGAUUAUGCUCAUGCAUGUUAAUUAUAUUUUCAUAACCAAAGAAGUUUUAAUAACAGUGUACACACAUUGGUUUUACAUUCCAAAUUAGUUCAGCUGAUCAGUUUGUUGUAGUGGUCUUUACAAACCAAAAUAGUUGCUGUGGCACAAACAAGUACAUUAUGUAUACUGUAUGUUAAGUUAUUGAAUAAUUUAAAAAUCACCAUUUUAAGGUAAACGAGAUAGGAACUAGGGUACUAUAUGGACAGUGUUGCCCUUCAUUUGUUGAAUCCACUGUGUGGGAAUUUGAAGAUGUCCAGUCAGUAUGACUGAAAUUUGAUACAAGUUAUGAUGCAUUACAAUAAUGUUGUGUCUCUCUGUAAAUUACCCUGAAAGUGCUAUGGCACAUGAUUAAAGUAUGGCUGGUUGACCCGUCCAAACGUCCAACCUUUUUUUUUUUGUCCACACAGGCAGAUUUCGCUAUCAGUAGAACCCCUGUUGCUAAACGACUGGAUCCUUUCAUCCUGUCCCCCGUCCUGCUCUGUGCUGAUGCACAGGAUUUCUGUUCAGAGAGAAAAGCCUGUUUGUUCCGCUGGGGAGUUUGA